AUGAGCUUGGAGAAACGACUUGCCGACGACAAUUCGAUCGCUCGCCCGACAAUCACCACACAUAUGAUGAUUACACGGUGUCUGGCCCGCCGGCCGGGUGCAUUCCAGUCUGCGGCCGGGGCUUGGAGGAGAAUACCAUCGCCCGCCGCCCGCAACAUCUACACGGUGCCCCCACUGGACAACCAUGCCGUGAUCGAGCAGAAUGGCGUCCCCGGGCUGCUCUCGCCAAAGGGCUUCAACACGGCAUACACCGAAUACCAAGGCCACAUUGUUGACGAGUUGAAUGCGUCGACAGCGGGUACACAAUUCGAGAACCAGGAAGCCAAGGCCCUCGUUGUAGACUUUGCCCGCGAUCCGAUGAAAGCCUACGCCUUCAACAUUGCCAGCAUGGCCUUCAACAACCAUUUCUUCUUCCGCGGCAUCAACGCCAAUCCGGACGUACAGUCGCGGCCGUCGACCGACCUCACCAAGCAGAUCAACCGCGAUUUCUCGUCCAUGGAAACACUGCGCGAAACAUUCCUCGCCACGGCCGAGUCCAUGUUUGGCCCCGGCUUUGUCUGGCUCGUGCAGACCAAUGACACCAGCUUCGGCAGCCUGCGCAUCUUGCCCACAUAUCUCGCCGGAUCGCCGCUGUCGGGCGCUCACCACAGGCGGCAAUCGCACGAUCUCAACACACACAAUGUUGAUUCAUAUCAGGGAAUGAACAAGGUCGGGUCGUUUGGUGCGGCGUCGCAGCAGCAGGAUUCGAGGGCCAAGAAGCCGUUGGGCGGCAUCGAUGUAGUACCACUGCUGUGCGUAAACACAUGGGAGCAUGUCUGGUUGCAGGAUUACGGUGUCCGGGGCAAGAGGGCAUUCCUCGAGAAGUGGUGGGACAGGAUUGACUGGGACUUCGUGGGGCAGAACGCAACGCUGUCGCCCAACCAGAACCGAUCCUUCUACUAG